AUGUGUCGUUUGAGUAAUAGUUUGAUCAUCAUCGUAAACAUUUUAGCUCUAAUCAUUUCACUACCGUUCUUAAGUUUAUCAAUCAGUAAAGAAGUACAUGGGCCUGCAUCAAAUCAAACAGAAUGUCAAGAAAUCAUUAAAGUUCCAUUAUUAUCAUUUUCGGUGUUUAUAUUCAUUUUAUCUCUUUUGGGUAUAAUUGGUUCUUGUUGUAAGGUUUCAUCGUUUCUUUGGAUUUACAUUAUUGUUAUGUUCUUUGUAAUACUGGCUGUUUUUGGUUUCACCAUAUUUGUAUUUGUUGUUACAAAUAAAAGUGCUGGUAAAGCAUUGUCAGGGAAAGGUUAUAAUGAUAAUAGACUCGGUGAUUAUUCCAAAUGGUUACAACAGCAUGUUGAUGGGAAAAAUUGGGAUAAAAUUAGAACUUGUUUCGUCGAAGCUAAAACAUGCGAUCAACUUAGUAAAAUGACCAACGAACAGAAGCAAUCAGAUUUCUACAAGAAACGUUUGGCUCCCAUUCAGGCUGGUUGUUGCAAACCUCCUAGUUUUUGUGGGUUCACAUAUGUGAAUGCCACAGUAUGGGAUGUACCAAAAUCCGGGCCAGAAGCUGAAGACAGUGAUUGUACGACAUGGAGCAACAAUCAAGAUGUCCUAUGUUAUAACUGCAAAUCCUGUAAAGGUGGAGUUCUGGGAAGCCUAAAGAGAGACUGGAAACAACUAACCAUUUUUAAUAUCGCAAUACUGAUUUUCCUUAUCGUUAUUUACACUAUUGCCGGCUGCGCGUUCAGGAAUACGCGUAAUGAUUACUACAAGCGAUACCAAGGUUAUCAUUGA